CACUCCCUCUUAUCGAUCAGUUCAACCAACAUCAGUCUCCUGUCAAACAUCUCUGCACGAGCCGUCCAAACUUCCUCACAAGAGAAUUAGCGUACUUCAAAGCAAUGAUUAACAUCACUUCCAACCACACCGAGCCCACAGUCUACCCCGGCGAGGCCAUGCGGAUUCUGCAGAUUAUCGUGACCGUUCUAAUCUUCAUUGUGGGUGUGUUUCUAAACGGUCUGGUGGUCUGGGCCUUGGGGAUACGGGUUCGCUGUCGGAGCCAGGGAACGGCGGGCGAGACGCAGGGUGCUGGCAGCUUCCGGACCUACGUAGUAAACCUGGCGUUUGCCGACUUGGUUUUGUUGCUACGCACGCCGCUGAUGCUAUCCUACCUGGCGCAUAACUUCAGCUGGACACUGGGGGAACCCACGUGCAAGGUGGUCAUCUACUUGCGCUGUCUCGGAUUGUACGCAAGCGCAUUCCUGCUGUGCGCCGUAGCAGUGGAGCGCUGCUUGUGUCUGCUCAGACCUGUCUGGGCUCGACUGAGACGCCCACGAUGGGUCGUGCGGCUAGUCUGUGCCUUAAUCUGGGUGUUAGCGGCAGUUUUGGCAACUCCCUACAUAAGUACAGCCAAACUCUAUGUUGAUCACAAUCACACCAACUGCAUAGAAAGCGACGAGGGUUCAGGAAAAACCUUGAUUGUGGUGGAAAACAUUGCAGGCUUCUUGAUGCCUCUGGUGAUCUUUCUGUCCUGCAACAUCGCAGUGCUGUUUUGCGCGAAAAAGACGGAGUCCGCCACUGUGGUGCCGACCUCUCCCACCUCUUCGACCGGACCGAGUUACACGUCCCAGCGGCUUGUCCGACUCUACAGAGUGCUUCUCCUCACCAUGAUCCUCUUCCUCACCUGCUGGGUGCCAUACUUUACCUGUCGCUUCUUGAGGGCUGUUUCACCCAAACGAUCGCAGCUCUACAGAGGAGCGAUCGGAGGUGCAUACGUGGCGCUGUUUCUGGUUUACAUAAAGAGCGCGCUCAAUCCCAUCCUGUACGUGUUCGCGGCACGUGGAUUGAGCCGCACCGUGCGUGAAUCCCUUCUCUCUACGUUUGAGCGAGUUUUCAACGACGAAUUUUCAGAUUCUUUGCGAAGAAAAUCCUUGAGAAGGAAGGACUCUCAGAUUUAGAGGGAGAGAACGUGAAUCUCUCGCUACAGGUUUCAAAAGAGUGGAGGUCAGCGACACACCUGGACCUACUGCUAGCUGCUCAGAAACGACAAAAAGUGCUUACCUGUGUUGUUACCUUGGCGAUACAAAACUUUAAUAAAAAACAAUGUUAGCGAUCAUGGUGCAACAUAAGAGACCUUUAUUUUCAAUGGACCUUUGUAUUUUCAGGACACGAAAGGAUUUGGAGCAUGUUUUUAUUGUUAUCAAAGAAAUCACGACACCAUCGUGUGGCCUUUGCGUUUAAAAAAACUCAACAACUUAUCAAAGACAUUCAACAGAACAGUGAAGUUCUCAGAUUCAGUAUUAAGAAAGCCGCAGAAAUGCUACCAGGUAUCUGUGGAAGUAGGUAUGCGGACUUUAAAGUACAGAGAAACAUUUUCAAUUCAUUUUCAAAGCUUUAAUUGUCAGAUCACAUAUAAAAACUAGCAAGCAUGUGAACUGCACAACUAAGGCAUGUGAUGAAUCUUUUUACACAGAUUAGAUAAGGUAAGAGUUAAGAACUCACAUCCGGUAAAUGUCAUGUUUGUAAGGUGCUGUUACACAAUGAGUCAUUUUGAAAUACAUAAGCAAUUAUUUAGUUCAACUACUGCUUUUGUCGUGAAAAAAGAAUACAAUAAUAAUAAAAUCUUCUGAAUGGUG